AUGCCACCUCCUAGACGAUCGUGGCUGGUCGAUUUGCUCAUCUACAGAGUGCAGAGAAUCUACCAAACGUGGCCAUGGGCCACAGCUAUACCGUCAUGGGAAACCUUUGCUUUGGAUCGCACGCAGUGGGCCAAUCAUUCUCCGUGGUGGGUUAGGCACUGGGUAGAUGAGGAUGCUCCCCCAACCUUUGAGUAUCUACAAGAGCGGCAAGUCAUUGUCCUAAAGGGCUCUAAAGGCAUGUUGGAUUGUUUUCUCCGUCCCUCUAAGGACUUCACUGAGGUACCUUAUACGUCGCCUCUUAUGAUUGUCAAGCAGGCGAAAAUGCCCUGCUCGUUUGUUUGGGGGAAAGCGGAGAACGGACGCUGUGCAGUCGUCGUCUCGCUCGCCAAUGAUCCCAAACGCAUGUUUGUGGUGCACACGCAUGCACAUGAUGGAACGAUGCAAGCGAUGUCAGCAACUGUGCUUCGUCUCGCACUCAAAGUGCAAGGGAUCUUGGCUCAUUGGGGAACUCAUACUAAGGUCUUCCUCGAAGCAGGUCUACUUCAAAGAACAGUCUUUCAUAGGCAGGUGCCUUUAGCCCUGUUGGCGGAAGUCACUGAGGCGCUCAACCUGUUUGACCGCCAAGGCGGUGACUGCCUUUUCAUGCCCCCGGCCUUUAAGGACCAUUCGCCAUGGCUCCACCAGUACCGAAUGGUUACACUUGUUGACCACCAUACCAAGUAUUUGGCACGCACUCUUGACUACAGCUCGAGCGCACCCCCCCGGAUUGUGACAACCAUAGCCCACCCAGCGAUGGAUGUUGAGAACAAAGCAGAACGCACUCUCGAGCAAACGGAGCUUGACACUGCUGACGUGCUGCGGGUGGCGGAAGCCAUACUGGAGGAAGUCAGCUCGGACUUCUUUACAUGUGGAGCCUUUGUCAGGGUCAAGGCGGGGUUGAGGACGAACACUGCCAGAUAUCCGUGGACGUGCAAACUUCUGGCGCGCUUCCUAGCCGAAGAGUUCCCGGGAGAUAGCUUUCUGACUAUGAGACUUCAGAAGAAUGUUAUGACGCAGCCUCAUAAGGACAGUCAGAACACAUUCUUGCCUUCGCUUCUUUGCAACCUCUCACCGGGGGCGCCGGGAGGUACCUGGGUGGAGGAUGUGCAAGGGACAACUUGGAUGCCAUGUCCAGAUGGCGUUGAUCGUCCAGGGCGUGUGUUACAAGGGCGUAAGUACCGACUCAGUGCCAGACAAUUAUGGCAUGCUAAUGUGCCACAUGCUGAAGACAGAAUGCUGCUCAUUGGCUGGGUCCCGGCUGGCUGGACAUCUCUGGCCGAGGAGGAUGCUCAUCUCCUUAAGAGCAUGGGCUACAUCUGGCCCAGCACAUUACAAGGUCACUCCGUGAGUGUGCUGAAGUGUCGAGCGCGGGCGACAACCUUCAGUCAGUCAGGUGUUCAAUGUCCCUUUUGUCUGGAACGUCUGGGUGCUGGGGAUCUGGGUUGUUUCGAUGUCCUUGUUUUGGAAGGGGUCUUCAGUUUGGGACGGGCAAGGCAUGCUGCAACGUGUCAACAGUCUGCCGCGCACCGCAGUGAAUGGUUGAUGCUCUUGUCAGCCCCCUUGCAGUUGGGUAGUCGUGCCUUGCCUUUGACAUACAUGGCAGCCUCACAGCAGUUCAAUGAGGCCGGAGCACAGGCACUUCUGUCGCUCUUUGCGACGCCAGAGCAGUACGAUGGGCUCUUAUGCUGGGUUGGGGCAGUGUCGGCCAUGGUGAUGUGCAUGUUCAUGUACGGACUCAUAGCCUCUCGAUCCUGGUCCAAGAAUCCGUCCAUGACGACACCAAGCCCCGCGGCUGGGGCAGCCUCGGUGCCCACAGUGGGACCUCCCCAGCAAGAUGAGGAGCUCAAAAAAUGGAUGGUGGCGGCGCUUAGCGAGGUGCUUCCGGACGUGCUGGGGCCGAUGCUGCAGGGAAGAUUCGAUGCCCUCAGCGAGGCGCUCCUGGCCGCUAACAGCCAGCAUGCAGCUGACAGUGCCGGCACAAACACCGCUGUGCUCGCAGUGGAUACACUAUCCGAUACGGUGACACAGGCGCUGGACUCCAAGUUGGCGCUACUUCAGCCCCUUGAUAAGAUGAAGAAGGCCUUCAGUGAACACCAGGCGGCCGUGGAGACCGUGCUUCUUAAACUCAAGAGCGAGCUCACCACUGCAGUGAUCCCGAAGGCCCUCGUUGCAGAGUUGGAGGGCCUGAAUGCUGCACUUACUAAGGCAUUCGCCACGUCCAACACCACGGAGCAGAACCGCUUCCAGACUCUGGACAAAGCCACAAAGUCGAGCAUUGAGGCGCUUGAGUCGACGAUCAAGAGUAGGUUCGACCUCAUGUCCAAGGAGACCAACGACAAGCUCGACCACCUCAACAGCGCCUUCUGCAAGACUCUGGGCGAGCACAACAAGGCUCACCUUGACAUCGAUGGCUUCUUGGAGCGGGUCAAGGAGAGUAUGGACUCCCUGGAUUCAGUGGUAAGCAAGGUUGAGACAGCCUGUGGCAAGCUUGCACAAGGCUCGGACAGAGUGGAGAACAUGCUGCUGGAAAAACUGACGUCCCUCCAAGGAGACACCAACAGGCUCCUGGGGGAGCUUGGACAGACAGGGCGCGAUAUCAACUCGUGCCUGCGCACCAACAGCAAGUCCAUUACCGACUUGCAACAGGCGGUCACCACCAUGGGGUCUGCAAUGGGUGGACCUCCCAAGGACUCCUCAGGGGUCACAGAAGCCGUGGACAUCACCAAGAACAUGCAAAGCCACCUCGCGGAGUUACGUGGGCAAGUCAAUGAGCUUGUUGAUGCUCUUCGUGAGCUGAGAGACACAGUGAGCCGCACGAAUGCGCGGCCAGCUGAGAUCCGCGUUGACCCGGUACAGGGGUCGCCUGCAGUUGGUCAGCCGAGUGUUAUCAACUUGGCCUCCCGCAUCCCACCUGCGCCGGUCGCAGGCGGGGGUCAGUUUGCCCGAGCCAUUCUGGCUUCGGGGCGAGAAGUUCUAGUGCCCGAAGAUGAUAUCAUCGGGCCACCAGCAAACCCCUACAUACACACGUUUGGGGGCAGACGCUGA